GGGGCCGCCGCCCGGACCCCGCGCUGCCGCCGCCGCUGCCCGCUCAGGGCUCUUGUUCCAGGAGAGAAGGCUCCCUGUGAGGACUCCCGGGGCUGUGCUUGCUCCUGCUUUCUUAUCCAGACUUUGCUUCCACCGAGGAUGUUCUUCCUGGUGCUUGUCCUGGGAGUACUGGCAGGUGCCAUGGAGAUCCAGGUCCCGGAUGAGCCCGUGGUGGCUCUUUUUGGCCAGGACGCCACCCUGCGCUGCUCCUUCUCCCCCGAGGCCAACUUCAGCCUGGACGACCUGAGCCUCAUCUGGCAGCUGACAGACACCAAGCGCUUGGUCCACAGGUUCUCCGGUGGCCGGGACCAGCUGGAAGACCAGGGCAGGGUCUACACCAACCGUACGUCUCUCUUCUACGACCAGCUGCCCCAGGGCAACGUGUCCCUGCUGCUGCGGCGCGUGGAGAUCGCGGACGAGGGCAGCUUCACCUGCUUCGUGCGCGUCCGCGACUACAACAGCGCCGCGGUGACGCUGCAGGUGGCAGCUCCCUACUCCAAGCCCAGUGUGCACCUGGAGCCCAGCAAGGACCUGAAGCCGGGUGACCUGGCCGUCGUGACGUGCCACGCUUCCCGCGGCUACCCCGAGGCCAGCGUGCUCUGGCAGGACAGCCGGGGCAGCAACAUCACGGAGAACAUCACCACGUCCCAGGUGGCCAACGAGGAAGGUCUCUUUGACGUGCACAGCGUCCUCCAGGUGCUGGUGGAGCCCAGCAUCACCUACUCCUGCCUGGUGCAGAACCUGGUGCUGCAGCAGCACGGCCACGCGUCCGUCACCAUCACGGGCCAGCACCUCGCCUUCCCCGCUGCCGCGCUCUGGGUCACAGUGGGACUCGCCAUCUGCGUCCUGGGGCUGCUCGUCGUCCUGGCCUACGUGUGCCACAAGAAAAUCCGGGAGAGCUGCGAGGAAGAGGAGGAAAACGCAGGGACGGAGGAGCAGGAUGAGGAAGGGGAAGAACCCAAGACAGCUCUGCAGCUACUGAAAAGCGCGGAGAGCAAAGAGGAUAACGAGCAAGAAAUUGAUUGACAGGGCAGUGCCCUGUGCCCUGGACCAGCUGAGAUGUCCCCAGUGGGGGCAAGGUCCGGGUCCCCUGGGAGGACACAGACCUGCUGCCACCCCUCAUCCCGGGUCCCAUCACCUUCCUCCCUCCCUGGCCAUUCUUUGGAGUGCCCUGGGGCUGCGGAGAGGCUGCGUCUCUUCAUCCCUGGCAAGCUCUGAAGGCUGGUGUGUCCCUCCCAGGGAUGGUGUGUGUGGGAUGGAGGAUCUUCCCUGUCCAUCCCCACGUGGGACUGAGAACAACCGGCGUCACCCCUCCCCCCAGGCACCCCCUGCACCUCCUCCCUCGUGGGCACAGCUGAGCCAGCCGCCUUCCAGGUGCCUUCCAGGGCACGUUUCACUGCCCUUCCCAAGCCCAGAGGCCUUGAGAGGGGUGAUGGGCUCAGCAAGGUCUCUGGGAAUGACUGCUGGAGCCCUGGAGGCUCUGGGAAGAUGGGUGGGACCCAGGGGUCCCCAGGCAUGGUGCUCUUGGCCCCCCUGGAGGCACCACUCCAGGGAUGUGUGGGGAUAAUUGAUUUUUCACUUUGCAACACUGUGGUUCCCACUGGACUUAUAUUUUUGCCUUAAAUGCAAAAUCCCAUUGGGGUGGUUACCUCCUGCCUAGUACUUGGGUUUUUUUGGGAAGGGCAGGCCUUGGGGGGCACCUGCUGGCCAGGUGAGGCCCUGCUGUCCUCUCUGUGGUGACAGAGCUGAUGCUUUGGGGGCUGAAGCACUGGUUGGGCCAAACUUGGCCAGGGCAUGGGGCGAAGCACCCGUUUCCCCCAUGGGAUUGUGGGGUUUUGCUCUUGUGCAUGUCCUGGGGGUCCUCCUGUUGCUGCUGGGGGCGUGGGGGCACCCAAACUGCCGAGGUGAAUGAGGUGGCACAUCCCUGGUCCUGCUUCAGGGGUGGAGAAGUCCCCGAUGGCUCUUCUGCUGGUUUUAGUCAUUAUUUAAAGUCCAGAAUCUGAAGGGAUUAUUGUGCCUUGACAAAUAAAUUUGGGGUUGUUUUGGCCAA